GGACUUAUCACGACAGCCCGUGGACGCGAUCGCAGUGCUUCCUUCGGCCGCCACAGAAGGAAUAAGGUUGCGGUUGAGGACCUCGUGGAGUUCCGGACGGAGCUUCAGGAAAUUUACAUUCCCAGUGGGGGACGGCAGUGAGGAAUCCCAAUUUCAGAAUAUAGCUUCUUCGGGUCCACCCUGGCUUAACUGCACAACUCGAACAUAAAGCUCAUCCUCCUUCUCGACGCCCAAUUGUCGAAAGCCCGAGAGCGGGAGAUACGGAGGAAGGGAGACAGCGAGAGAGACAGAGACAGAAGCAGACUACAGUGGAGAGGGGAAUCCGGAAAUAUCCGUGAAACGCUUGUAAGAAUUGCGUUCUAAGUUUCGGCAUAUGCCGGAAGAUGCCGUUUGGAUCCAGACACUCCCCUCUGUCGAGUCCAUGGACACGCUGACUUGUGGAAUUGGUGUAGACGUCCACCUUUGGCAACGAAGGGCGGCUCAUAAAACGUCAACAGCUGCGGAUCCGCGCAGGCAUGACGUCACUAUAAAACUUAGCGAAUGCGGCAUCAAAUGGCAAGACGCGCACGAGCAACUCUUCCUUCAGGAGAUCCUGGCUUGCGAGAGAGCGUGUGGGCUUCCACCGGAAUCCGACGCCCCUCACAAGCACCUCCUCCUCCCAAUCAUGUUCUGAGUCAGUCGAUCUCUUCCGUUCCAGACAAACGUCCUCGUACAUGUCGUACCUCUAGCGGUACUUAUCGUGUCAUAAAGCAGCAGCGACAGCAGCAGCAUAGGUCUCAACCGGACUCGAUCCGUCUAUUGUCUUCUUCAUGGCUGUCCUCGAGGAGUAUCUGUGGCUCGUUGUCGUCGGGGCCCUGGUGGCCUUCGGUUUCGGAUACGGAACUGGUGCCAACGAUGUGGCUAAUGCUUUCGGAACGUCCGUCGGGAGCAAAACCCUCACUCUGAGGCAGGCGGUCAUUAUUGCGUCUAUCUUCGAGUUUGCCGGAGCCCUUCUUCUGGGAAGAGUGUCGACGAAUACCAUCGCGUCCGGUAUAGCGGACAUCAACUCCUUCACCCGUGACCCGGAGGUUUAUGCUUAUGGCAUGGUCUGCGCCUUGGGAGUUGGUACAAUCUGGCUUCUUAUUACUUCCUACUUGGGACUGAACGUGUCGUCCACCCACUCUAUCAUCGGUGGAAUUAUCGGAUUUGCUUUGGUUUGGGAUGGCAGCAACGCCGUCGUGUGGGCGAAGAAGGAUACCAAUUCGUUCCCUCCCUACAAGGGAGUGGUCGCCAUCGUCAUGUCCUGGUUCAUCGCCCCCGUUAUCACCGGCCUCGUGUCCGCGUUCAUCUUCUUCGUCGUCCGCACUGCGGUUCUCCGCCGGAAGAAUGCUUACGCCCUAUCGUUCUGGACUCUUCCUCCUUUCGUCCUCAUCACCACAUGGGUCAACAUGUACUUCGUCUUCACCAAGGGUGCCAAGAAGACACUGUCCUCGUCCUCGGACUGGACGGACUCAAAGGCUGCCUGGGUGUCGGCCGUCAUCGCUGCAGGAGUUACCAUUCUGUGCAUUUUCGUCGCUCUUCCGCUUUUGAGGAGGAUGGCAAGCAAUCACUUCGACAGCGAGGGCAAUGCCAUCCAGGGAAUGCCCACAGCCUUCUCCCCACAAACCGCUUCCGAGAUGAGAACUCUGGACGAGAUCGCAGCCGGCUCGAACCAAGUGUCUCCCGUCGAUGCUGAGCCCGCUCAAUUGACAAGAUGGCAGAAGUUCAGCAAGGCAGCAACUCACGGCAUGGACGUGGAUAUCCACAAAAUUGUCAAGACGGACGACAAGAUUCACGAGAUUCACGAAUCCGCUGAGCUCUUCGAGCCUCGAGUGGAGUACGCCUUCAGUUACUUGCAGGUCUUCUCGGCCAUUUGUGUCAUCUUCGCUCACGGGGCCGGUGAGGUCGGAUACAUGGCAGGUCCGCUGGCCACCAUCUGGGACGUGUACAAGAAGGGUCAGCUCUCGAAGAAUGUCCAGCCUCCAAUCUGGGUCAUCCUCAUCGGUGCCAUCGGUCUCGUAAUCGGUCUGGCCACUUACGGAUACAAUGUCACUAGAGCCAUGGGAGUGAAGCUUGCGAAGCUGACACCCACCAGAGGAUUCGCUGCCGAGCUCGCCACCGCCUUCGUGAUCAUGAUCGCCUCUCAGUACGGUUUGCCCACAUCGUCUAGCCAGUGCAUCACCGGAGCCAUCAUCGGAGUGGGUAUCCUCGAGGGAUCGAAGGGAGUCAACUGGACCCAAUUCUUGAAGCAGUUUGCUUCAUGGGUGGCCACAUUGUUCGUCAUCGGUCUGGCUGUGGCCGCCGUGUUCGCCCAAGGAAUCUACACUCCCAGCAAAAUCCAAGGAAAGGAGGUGACCAUGUACGAGGAUCGCGUGACCAACUUGACCACUCAAGUGUACAAGGACUUCAACUCCAGCCUCCAGAGCUACCGGCCAGUUGCUGCCCAGGGCCUCCUCGUCAACCUCCCCAACACCACCUGGAAUGAUCUCAACGCCACCGUAGCCGUCAAUGCGAAUGCUGCCAAGAACUUGAUAGACCCCAAGAAGACGCAGUCAGUUGCAGUGGAAUCCAUCCUCGAUGCACUUUACAAGUCAUUGUCUCUGGUUCAAAAUAACAGCGUCUUCACACUGGGACAAAGUACAGUUUUUCCGGGGGCUGACAUCUGUAUUGAUCCUUCGACGACAAAUUUGACGACGGUCGCUUGUACCUCACCGAAGCUACUUCCAUCGUUUGCCGUGAAGACAUAGUCGUUAGAUAGUCAGAUAAUCAUGAGAGGGAUUGAAAACUGAAGGGAAUGAAUGAAAUAGAUUCCAGAUCUAUACAUUCUGAUUGAACACGGUGUUGAGCGUUGAUGUUUUGUUUGCUCCAUUGUGGACACGAACGGGUUAGAUUUUGAGAAGCGCAUAUGGUCAGCACAGUUAUCUUCAAAAACCUGAGAUUUGUGUAGAUACUAAUUUUAAUCUGAGAGUACAACUUGAUGGGAAGGCUAGAUCGUUCGAUUUCAGAAGAUUAGGAGUUCACUGUACAUGUGCCUACCGUUGUGAAUGUUCUCCUCUUUCUGAGGCUCUAUUGGCGAGGAGGAUUCAGAGCAUGGAGCUGUGGAGCUUAAGCAAUCCGAACGGUGCCAGAUUCUACAGAAGUUCAUGAAUCGGUGAUAUUUCUCACCCACGAUAGUAACAUACUUGCCAUCUGGAAAUUUGCCCCCAAUUUUCUCAGAUAUGUGUCUACUAGGCAGACCAAGAAUUGUGGAAAUUUGAAAUCAGGAAUGGAGGUUGUAGAUACAAAGCUAGAGUGUAUAAACAAAAGACAUACUGUUAGUAUCAGCAAUCACGAUCAGCAAUCAGCAAUCGUACCAACUUGUGUACCAUUGGCUUAUAGUUGCCAGAGUAAGAACUAGGAGAUUGUUCGGGGUUUUCCAAUGCUUAGAUCGGAUGAGUUUGAUGAGUGUCAAGUUAUUCAUAUUUCUAGCCUCAUUCGAGGCUUGCAGGUGUAAUCUCCGGUUACUAUUUCAAUGUACGAAUUCAUUUGUG